AUGCAUCGUUUUACUGACGUAGAAUCAACUCCCGAACGACUUCCAACAGUUUUUGGCUAUUUAUCGCAUCAACUAGUACCUCUUAAAAAAGCGCUCGAACCUAUAUUCCCACAGAUCGAUCAACUCAAUCGCUAUAGUAAAAUAGCUACAAACAAAUGCAAAUUUCCUUCAGAACAUGGACUUACUCGAGAUGAAUCAGCUGCUAUCUAUCUCUACACAAUGGAAUGGGGUGAGGAUACUUUCUAUCAAGUAAUUAACCGUUUACGACGUGCCGAAGAUCGAUCAAAACUUACACCGUGGUUUGGUUACCUUAAACUAUUUGAUACUGCUGUACAAAAAUUACCCACCAUUCGCGAGAAUCUUUGGCGUGGGAUUGCAACAGGCACAGCAAAGUGUGACGAACAUAGAGAGUGUCGUCUGUGCCCGCCGGCAUGA